CCGAUGCGCCCCCCGCGAAUUUUCAGCCGCCUCCCGAGUCCCGCCCGGUUUCCCUCCAACCCCCAGCCCCAUGUGCCAGCCGCGUCCGCCGCCCCGCGGCCCUCCCCCACGGCACCCAGCUCGGCUCGGCUCGGCCCUGCUCUUCUCUCCCACGCGCACCACCAGUCCACCACCCCGCCACUACUACGACGCGCUCCGACACCGCACUUGCCGCGCUGUGCGCCUCGCUGUAGCAGCAGCACCUAGCAGCACGCGGGUGUGGACGCCGCCUAAUCAUCCUGCGAGUUUUUCCUCCGGGAGGCGCGCCGCGCUCGGGCUCGGCCAGGGCAGGUACGGCCGCGCGAUCUGAUCCGGCGCUUUUGCCCCCCGGCGCCUGAGCUGUACCCGUGCCAAUCAAUCAUCGGGGGCGGGUGAGGAAAUCUCGGCACAUUCGCCUUGUACUUUUUCCCGGCCUUUGCCGGCCGGGGGUCAGAGCAGAGCCAGCGGAUGAGGUCAGCUGCCUCCUCCUCCCUUUGACGCUUCAAGGGGACAACCGCUCGGGGCUCCUGAGCUGUCCUUGGUCAAUGGGAGUGGCGGAGGGUGGCGUGCGGACCGAAAAUCCCCACUCAAAUCAAGGCGACAGGGCGAGCAAUCUCCCUGGUCAGCAACAGCAGCUGCAGCAGUAGCUGGAGUGCCGUUGCGUACUGGGCAAGUGCAGAGCACUGUGCUUGCUGGGUGCAGGCUCAGCUCCGCUGCUUCCACUCUCCAGUCUCCAGUGCCUUAAAGAUCUCUCCCGGUGGGAGCUGCACUGGCAGCUUGCCUCUGCCCAGCAGCCGCUGGAGCUGGUCCCCAAUGGCAAUGGCUCACGCUUUGGUGCCGCUGCUGGUGGUCUCAGUGGUAGUAGCGGCGGCCGUGGCCACCGCCGACCAGGAGAGGGAGAGCGACCGGAUCCGGGAGCUCCCGGGGCAGCCGCCCAACGUGGAGUUCUCGCAGUACUCUGGGUACGUCACGGUGAACCCGGCGCGGGGGCGCGCCCUCUUCUACUGGCUCGUAGAGGCGGUGCCGGCGGCGGGGCCCAUCGCGCCGCUCGUCCUCUGGCUCAACGGCGGGCCCGGGUGCUCGUCGGUCGGCUACGGCGCGUCCGAGGAGGUCGGCCCGUUCCGCAUCAGGCCCGACGGCCAGACGCUCUACCUCAACCCCAAUUCUUGGAACAAGGCGGCCAAUUUGCUCUUCCUGGAGUCGCCGGCCGGCGUGGGGUUCUCCUACUCGAAUUCGUCGCUGGAUCUGUACACCGCAGGAGACGCAAAGACAGCACUGGAUGCCUAUGCUUUUCUCGUGAAUUGGUUGGAGAGAUUCCCACAGUACAAGUACAGGGAGUUCUAUAUCGCUGGAGAAAGUUAUGCAGGACAUUAUGUUCCUCAAUUAGCCCAGCUCAUAUAUGAAAAGAACAAGGGCAUUCAGAAUCCCACGAUUAAUUUAAAAGGAUUUAUGGUGGGGAAUGCGGUUACUGAUGACUACCAUGACUACCUCGGCACGUUUGAGUAUUGGUGGACUCAUGGUCUGAUCUCUGACAAAACUUAUCACAACUUGAAGGCAACAUGCUUGCUUGAAUCCUCACAGCACCCUUCUCCCGACUGUGUCAAGAACCUGAAUCUAGCCAGUGCUGAAGAAGGCAAUAUCGAUCCUUAUAGUUUGAAUACAAAGCCAUGCAAUUACACAGCCUCUCUCAAAGUUAGCUUGGGUGGACGCUACCCUUGGUUGUCUAGAGCCUAUGAUCCUUGCACCGAAAGAUACGCAAGCAUUUACUACAAUCGGCCAGAAGUGCAGAUGGCAUUACAUGCAAAUACAACCGGAAUUCAUUACCCAUGGCAAACAUGCAGCGAUAUAGUUGGAACCUAUUGGGCAGAUUCCCCAAGAUCCAUGCUUCCAAUCUACCAAGAACUGAUAGCAGCUGGUAUGAAGAUAUGGGUUUUCAGUGGGGAUACAGAUGCUGUAGUUCCUGUAACUGCAACAAGGUACUCGAUCGAUGCUCUCAAGCUUCCAACACUAGUAAAUUGGUACCCUUGGUAUGACCAUGGGAAGGUUGGAGGUUGGAGUCAAGUUUACAAAGGAUUAACUCUCGUAACUAUAGCAGGUGCAGGACAUGAAGUCCCGCUGCACCGGCCUCGACAAGCUUUGAUAAUGUUCAGACACUUUUUGAAGAAUAAACCAAUGCCAACACAAUAGCCACUUGAAGCAAAAUUACAAUGUAAACUAUCACAGUCAGAUUUUAUGUUUUUCAAAUUCUUUUUCAUUUGAUUUGAUUGUUACAACAUAUUAUUCAAUUAUCUCGAUUGAAUGUAUGUAUGUGUUUUAGCAAAUAGGGAUACCUGAGAUUUGUACUGAAGAAGCUAAAGAGCUCCUCUGUAUAUGAUAAUGAUUUUUAGCAGUGUCAACCUUCAAUCUUAGAAUCUGCUUAAGAAUAUAAUUGCCUUUC